GUCACCUUUGCUGUUAAUUUACUGUCUCUUCAGAAGAUUCUCUCUCACAAAAGAAUCCUUUCACAUCGCAGCCGAUGUGACGUUGAGAAUCGGGCGUUUUUUUUGUGUGUGUGGAUUGUCCCAAAUUCAGCAGUUUGAAAGGAGGCUCCGGGCGUAUUUCCGGUGGCCUGGAGGCGAUGGGAGAGAGUGCAUGAGCUGAAAACAUCCUGUUACUGUCCGGCAGCAUCCAGUGAUUCUGCAGCCGACACAUCGAGCGCCCGAUCAGGAUGGCAACCUUAUAGACUGGCAGCAUUCAACGCAAUGGCUGUGGACGCGGCUUCCCAUUUCAGCUUUUGCCGAAACACCCUGGAUCAAAGUGUGUCAACCGAUGACUUAAACUGUGGCUUGCAAGAUGAUACCGAUAAUCCUGCCUGGAAUGAUGGGGGAGGUCAACAGACAUCUGGAGGCAGGAAUAUAAAGCUCUUACAACAGCCAGGAACAGAACAUUUUCAGAUCGGAUCCAGUGAUGGGUACUGUAGUUUUCACACGAGUCCGACAUUCACAAGACACACCAAGCCUGUUGUACUGUGGACCCAGCAGGACGUUUGUAAAUGGUUAAAGAAACAUUGCCCCCACAAUUAUCUGACCUACGUGGAGGCUUUCUCUCACCAUGCAAUAACAGGUCGGGCACUACUUAGGCUAAAUGGUGAAAAGCUGGAACGGAUGGGAAUAGUGCAAGAAGGCCAAAGGCAAGAGGUACUUCAGCAGGUUCUUCAGCUGCAGGUACGAGAGGAAGUGAGAAACCUACAACUACUUAGACAAGCCUCAUUUGACAAUGGCUCCUAGCUGAAACCUCCUUGCUGUGAAAGAGUGGACCUUCAAUACCAUGGGAUGAUCUGUGGGGAGUAGAUUUGAAACUGUGGAGAAUCACGCAGUGAAUUAAUGUGAUCAUUCUACAACAGAGAAACUCCAGUCUAAGCUGAUUUACAAAACUUCAUGAUAAUUUACUUAUUCAGCUUUAAGGCAAAAAAAAACAACACUGAAUUUUUUCUUUUAUAGUUUUGAAAAUUAAAUACAAAAAUCCAGUCAACUGAUAGUGGUGAUUGAAAGGUGCUACAACCCACGAAUUUACUCUGUUAUGUUUGACAUCCACCCCUGUUAAUAGUUUGUUGUAACACUGGGUAGGGAGUUCAUUAUUCUUUUGCAAGACAUUAAAAUGAAACUGCUCCUGAAAUGUAUAAUUCAAGCCUUCAAGUCUUAUCCAGGGUUCCUAUUAAUCUACAAUAGUAUCUGAGUUAUUUCAAUGUUACCACUGCAGAUUUAACUUUUUGUAACAUAAAAUAUUGACCAGUGAAAAGAAUGCCUCAUGAAAGUUCUGGUAACAUUUUAAAAUAAAACCUUUAUUUCACUAUGCCAGUACUUGGCUCCUUAAGACAAAACCAAAUUAAAAACUGGUACAAGGUCAGCUGUAACAAUGGGAUUAUCUGAACACAAACUCCAGAAGGGAUGUAAAGUGAAUAUGGCCAAUCUGGUCACUUCACCUUAAUGGGAAAGAAGACUUUUAUUAAGCAUCAUUAAAAAGAUUCAAAGAAAAGUCAGUACUUUAUGACUGAAGAACUAGUUUCCAUUGAUGGAGUAGGAAAUGAAGUAAAUAAUGGAGACUUAGCUCUGUUAUUUUCAUCAAAAGCAAACAGUAAUUUAAAUAUUUCCAUUUUAAUAUUGCAUGUGACUGAGGAGGAAAUAUGAUCUUUGUGUAUACAUGUAAAUAGUUGUUAUAUAAGUCACUAGUAUGAACACCUUAUUACAUAUGGAAGAGAAUUUGCAAUGGGAAUAUUCAGCAAAAAAGUAAAUAUUAGUUCAAGGCACAGUUUUGGAAUGGUUAUUUUAAUAAAUUCCACUGAGAAUCAGGUUUUGAAACACCUGCCAUAUCUACAGUUGUCUUUGGCUGUACCUUAUGCUUAUGUCACUCAUGAUAAAAAGUAAAAGCUCCCAAAAGAGUCCUAAAUUGUUAGUUUUCAGUGAGAUACUGUUAUCUCAGAUUUGGAGAUUUGGAAGUCCUGUGUCUUAAUGCUGCCGUAAAAAUGUAACAUGCAUACUACAUAAUAUGGCUUGUAUUGCUCAAAUAAGUUACAUGUUCAAAAUUAGUAUACUAACAUCAUAGCAAAUAAUGAACAGCAUUAAAGAAAAUACCACUCACUGUGAUCUGGAGGUGCUACUACUACUUGAAGAGGGCAGUGUUCAUACAAACAAUCAAUUCUAUCUCCAUUUGGAGAUAAUUCCAAGAUAAAUGUGGUCAAGGCUAAACAUAGCACCUUGACUGUAGAUAGGGGUUGAACAUGCCUCCUUGAAAGCAUGACUCCCUGCUGAGAUCAUGGAAUUAACCCUUGUACGUGACAUUGCAUGACAAGUAGUCAGAAGAACCUCCGCACUCAUGAUUUGAACAGCGUUUUUUUGAUUUUUUUUCAUUGUCAGUUGAUAUAUAUCAAUUUUGUGCUGCUGCUUGUGCUGAGUUCAACAGACACACUUCUUUCGGCAAAAAUAGCCCAGAAAAUUUACUUGAAAAUGAAAAAAAUUGCAGAUGAUGUAAAUCUGAAAUAAAACAGAAAAUGCUGGAAAAGGCAGCAUCUGUGGAAAAAGAAGCAGUUAUCAUUUCAGGAUCAAAAAAACAAGUUACUUUUCAGUAGCAUAGAAUAUGAGGGUGGGGGUUGGGGGAAGGAAUAUCUCUGACAGGGUGAGACCAAAUGACUAAAUGUAGCAGUUAAAAGCACAUUGUGCUUCUUUGUCCAUGUACUGUGUUGCUAAUAGCUAGGCUGUGGGGCAUUCCCAGCAGGGCAGACUAUGCUAGAAGAAGAAGAAAAAGAAAAACUGAAUCAAAAUGAUGAAUGGCAGAAAAGCUCAGAGCUGAUACAAACAGAAAGAGCCAAAGUUGGAGAAUUCAAUGUUGAAUACUGAAGGCUGCAAUGUGUCAGAAAGAAGAUGACACAUUGUUCCUCAAGCUUGCACUGAGCCUUGUUGAAACAGUGCAGCAGGGCACAGACGGAGAGGUCAGAGUGAAAAUGGAAUGGAAAUUUAAAGUGGCAGGUGUCAGGAAGCUCAGUAUCACUCCUGUCAACUGAAUGCAGGUUCUCCACAUAGUGACCGCCCAAUUUAUGUUGGGUUUCUCAGAUGUGGAGGAGACCACAUUGUGAACACCAAAUGCAGAAGAAGUACAAGUGAAUUUCUGCUUUACCUGGAAAGACUGUUAGGGUCCGUGGAUAGUGGGAAAGAAAGAGGUGAAGGGACAGUACCAUAAGAGUUACCAUACAAGUACCAAAAGACAGGGAGUGUUUGAUAGGGACAGAAGGGCAGACCAAGGAGUUGCAAAGGGAAUGAUUCCUUCAAAAUGGGGAAAGAUCAAGGGAGGGGAAUAUGUAUCUGGUUGUGGAAUCUUGUUGGAACUGGUGGAAAUUGUGAACGAUGAUCCAUUGGAUGCAGAAACUAGGUAGAUGGAAGGUGAGGACCAGGAAAAUUCUCUUCUUGCUCUGUCCAGGAGGAAAGGAGAGGCAAGGGAAAUUUGUGAGAUGCAGUCAAGGACUCUGUCCACUGUGGUUGUGAGGAAGCCACAAUUCAGGAAGAGGGAAGAUAUAUAUGGAAUGACUCACCAUCAGAGCAAUCAUGGUGGAGACAAAAGAAUUGGGAGACUGGUGCGAAAUGAAAGUCUUACAGGAGAUGGGGUGAGAGGAAGCAUAGCUGAGAUUGUUGUGGGAGUCUGUGGGCUUUUAACUGAGGUAUUUAGCUAGCCAAUCGCUUGAGUUGGAGAUAAAGGAAUCCAAAAGUGAAGGGAAAUGUGAUGAAAUUUUCAAUAAACUCUCUACUCGAGGAACUCAGUGGAUCAAGCAGCAUUUGUGGGAGGAAAGGAAUUAUCGCUGUUUUGAGCUGAAAUCCUUGACUCUAUCCUGUCUCCUCUUUUAAACUCCAGGCUGAUGAGAUUUUCAAGUUCUGUAUGUGCAGGAAGCAGUGCCAAAACAGUUGUCGAUGUGCCAGGAAAAGAAAUGAGCACAAGGGCCUGAGUAGGACUGAAGCAGACUGUUCCACAUAUCCCACAAAAAGACAGGUGUAGUUUGGGUCUAUGUGAGUACCAAUAGCCACACCUUUGAUUUGGAGAAAGUGGGUGAAUGGAAGGAGAAGUUGUUCAAUGUGUCACAUAUUUGAGAAAAUUUAUCUUCUCUGCAUUGAUUAAUUACAAUUAUGGAGAUUUGCAGUAAAUAUUUUUUGCUAAACUCCACUAUGCUGUUUAUGGGAUACUACCAAUCUGUCAUCUCCUACCAACACAGAAACAACUUCAGCAUGAAUAGGAACAAAUUCUUACCACACUUAUGAAACUACAUUUUUAGCAAGUGCAGCACAUUUGUAAAAGUUGACUGUUGGCUUCAGUUCAAAUUCAAAUUAAAAAUCAUUGAAGAUUACAAUUAAAGAAUUUAAGAUUGGCAAUAAGAGGAGAAUAACACCAAUUUCUUGUGAGUGAGUGAGCAUAGGACUCAAGGCCCACCUAUAGCAAUGAGGCACAAGAUUCCUCUGUCUGUUAAAAUAUUUAUACCAAAUUAAUUUGACAAUUACAAUCUAAUUUCAUAACAGCACUAGACAACAACACAAAGCCAUCCAUAAGCUAGCAGCUGAGGUGGUGAGGUUGAAAAUUAGAGGGUUGGCUAUGAAUUUAUAGCCCUAACCCGUGUUCCUGUCCACUAAAAGUACAGGCUCACUGAAUGUACACUGAGAUUGAAAAUCUUGUGAAGGAUACAAUAAGACUGGCCUUCUUUUCAGUGAGCAAAUGAAUAUAAAUCCAUCAGAAUACAGCUUAGGCUACAGACCAGAUGACACCUCCUGAAUGUAAAUGACAGUAUGUAACUGAGGUUGCACACUGAAACAGUAUGUUUAGAAUAAUUACAAAGUUAUUUAUUUCUUUGAAAUAUCAUAAACCAUAGCAUCUCUCCUGUGCUAACUUGGAAUUGACCUUUGAAGUACUAUUGCUUAUUUCAUAUUAAUUAAUGAGCUUCCACUAAUUUCUCUGACUAGCUUUAUGUUCUUGAUGUCUUCCGACUGAGCGCUCCAUUGUGCAAUACCACUGAGGGCAAAAUUCCAAAAUAACUUAAAGAUAUCUCAGAACAAGAUAGCAUCUAAAAUAUAUCUCUUAUAACUAGAUUUGAUGGUUGCAAAAUUCAGAAAAGUUUCCUCACUUAAAUACUGCUGCCAAAAAACACACUUCAUAAGAGUUCCCACAGAUGGUUUUGCAUGCGAAUGAUUUUUGGCCAAGUUUGAUGCUGGCUUGCGGUGUUAUGAGUGGGAGCUGUGAAAGUUGUGAGCACAGGGAAGGGGCUGUAGAUGAUGACAUAUUUGUGGUGGGAGAGCAAAAGCUGUAAACAGAGCUGUUCAUGAAAUGGCCAAAUGUGAUCUUGCAUACAGGAUAAACAUGAAUGUCUUUUGCAGCCAGCAAUAUGUUGAACACUACUUCUUUACCCUGCUGUUCCUCCUGAAUAAUGCCUGGAUGGGACCUUCAUCCUUUUAUUUCUUCUUAUUGGGAGGUCUCUUGGGAUCAAGGAUGAUUCGCUUCCACUCUGGUUUGGGGAUCCUGGGGUAACUAGUGAAGCCAAUGUACAAACUACAGACUCUUCCACAGAUGGACCAGGAGAUGCCUGAUGGUGCUGAUGGAUGAGUAUUUUAUGAGGUGGAGUACUCCUUCUGCCACUUAUGCAGGGCUUCAUUGUGCUCCCAAUGCAUGGUCUUCAAAUUCUCAAUAUCAUCCCAAACGUGCCUUCUCCACUUUGAGUGGUCAUAAUGAGAGAUUCCUCAGUGGAGAAGUUAUAUUUUUUCAAGGAAGCUUUGACUACAUCCUUGAAUCUUCCUCUGUCUAACUGGUAAUCCCUUCCCAUAACAGAGUCCAGAUUAGAGUGCCUAUUUCGGGAGUCUUAUGCCAGGCAUGCAUAACCAAUGAAGCUAAAUGAUUGUAAACAGCACCUCAUGGUUGGGGAUGUUGGCCUAGGAGAGACAUUGAUGUUGGCUCAAUUAUCCUUCCAUUUGAUUCGGAGAGUUUUUCAGAGACAGCAUUAGUGUUACCUUUCCAGUGCCUCAGUGUGCCUGCUGUGAGUGGUCCAGGUCUCAGAAGUAUAGAGGAGGGCAAGGAUCAAGAAUUUAUAUUGUUGGAGGGUGGUGUUAUACACCAGAUUAGUUUUCUGAGACUUUCUUACUGCAAUGUUGUAGCUCAUCUCUAGUGAAUGUUCCAUGAGAAUGGAGCUAAUCAUCAGAACUAAAGGGAUAGCAUUCAGCACACAAUUUAAGAAUCCUCUUUAAACAUGAUAGAUUAGAUUGAUAGAUUUAAACAUGGUAGAUUGAUAGGUCUUUCAGAUCUCAAUGUUUCUUCAAUCCAAUGGUUUUAUAGAUGAUUUCAUUGCAACAUUGUUCAGUUGGGGUCCUGGGAAAGUACCAAGGCAUUAGUUGUUGAGACUUUAAAGAAUAGCAUUUACUACUAAGGAUACACCAAACUUUCAGGGUUUUAAAAAAACAUACUAGCAUGUUAAGCUAUCUUAAAUGCACAGCUGGUGGAAAAAGCACUGCUUAUAAGAUGCUGUAUAAACCCUGUUACACAUUAAGGGAAAGACAUUCUUUCUUAUUUGUGUAGAUAUACUAAUGAAUGGUUAAUGUAGUGGCUUUUAUGGUCCUAUCCAGAACAUUUUGGAUUUUGCAAAAUCCUGAUAUGAAGUAAAAUUACAGUAUUCUUGCCCUUUUACUAUAAAAAAGAACCUCCUGAUUUUGUUCAUUCUAUGUAAGGCUUGUUUUAUGCAUUUGAGCAUCACAGUCUCAGGUUACAGAUAUUCCCUGUGACAGCCCAGAAUGACCCUAUCAUUUAGAAGCUGAAAACUAAUAGUAUCUUUCAGAAAAGGCAGGAAUAAUUGACACAAGAUAGAUAGAAAAUGGGUGCUAGUGGAAAAAAAACAUUUUUGGACUGUACCAAAAACUGGAUCAACUUGCCCCUUUGAACAUAACUUUGUAAAACUACCUAACAACUCUGCACAUCAGUUUUAUAUUGUAGCAACUUUUGUCAUGAUUGAAGCACAUAAAUGAGUCUGGAUUAUAAGGAAUGAUGUAUUGAAUAGUUUUAUGUCAUUACCACCUUAUUUUAAUGUGUCCACCUAAGCACUGACAAGUAUUUCAAUUGGAAAUGGUGGAAAUUCAACAUUGUUGAAGUUAUCAGGAUUCCAGUGUAACUGAUCCUUGAUUUAUUUUCUGCUCUGACAUGUUGAUCCAACUAUACAAUGUAAUAUAGAGGCUUUAUUUCACACAUAGUGUGUGACUUAGGUUCUCUGUGCAGAGAAAAGCAUACCAAGUGAUUGACCUUUGUUUCAUGUUGGGCAGCUGGCAGAAAUGAUAGAAAUCAUAUGGCACAAUAAUGAAAAUAAUUUAGUAAUCUCUAUUUCUCUGCAGAUGAAUUUAUACAUUUUGAUGCAACCCUCAGUGGAAUUCUAACUAGCACUGUACAAUAUAUAAAUCUGAGUAGUUAAGAGUAUUGUGCAAAGUUACAGGUAAAAAUAAUUACACCGCACUAGCCUAUGUAUUGUAUGAAUUUUUCAUUGAGUGAGGAAGGCUGUUCCUGUGCCCAACUAGAUGUCAGUAUGAAUGUGAUGAUGCCUGUGUUGUUUUGAGGGGUUGCAAACAGCCAACAUUUAUUGAUGAGAUCACAGAACAUGUUGACUGCAUGCAAACCCUUGUUAGUCAUGUCAGUCUAACCAAAAUUGGCAAGUGUGACUGCACUACUCCCUGUUUAAUAGUUCAAAACAAAAAAAAAGAUAGAUGUUGGUAAAAGGUAGAAAUGUAGGUAGAGUAUUUAGCAGAGUUCAGUACUCAUUAGAGUUAUUGGAUCUCUCCAAAAAUUAGUAAAGUAGUUUGGGACAACAUAUAAUAGAAGAUCAAUUUGUUUCACUUGUCAUGGCCCAGCUGAAUGUCAUGAUUCAGGAGUUCGUACAGUCUUCUAUGACUGAACAGUUCAUGCGACACCACAAUAGUGACUAAUGAAUAAUGCAAGCUUGCAGAGGAAGAGAUUGGUGUUGAGAAAAUUAGUGUUGGUUGAUUUGAAUGAACCCCCUGCAGAAUGCAACAAGGCCUUCAGAACAUUUACUUGGCUUUUAAUUAGUGUCUACGUUUUGUGCCAAGCUACUUUAACCUGCACUAUUUUGUGCAGGAUUUUAUCAGUAGAGAGCACAUGUGCAUAGAAAAGUAUUUUGCAUGUUAUAAUUGAAAUUAAUAGGCUGGGUAAAUAUGUCCUGUUAUGGAGUAUCCUGUAAUAAAGUUAAAGCCAAAAAGAAGAUGCUGGUUUGAAUAAAAGAAUAAGAGAUAAUUAAAGAUAUUAAUGACUGUCAUGUUAUAAUGCAAGGAUUCACAUGGAACCAUCUACCACUAAGGUUAAUGCUAUUUUCUGCACUUCUAGUGAUAGUCACCAUUUUCACAUUGUGGUAUUUGGAUGAUUUCUCAAAGACAUGAAAUGUCCAACACUAAAAUCAGCAGCCAAUUUUAUUUUGAAAUUCCAGAGCAUUCCCUUGGUGGCCACUGACAGAAGACAGAAAAUUGGCACAAGGCAGGACUGCACAAAUGUGAUUGAUUUAUGAUAUGGAAAGAAGUUACACUGUUGAAUUUGCCAAUGUGGGCCAGCCUAACUUUAAUAUUUGUGUGUUAGGUCAAAAUAAGAAUAGAUCUUCAAAAUCAAGGUCAUAAAAAAGAAUAGUAAUAUCUCUGUAUGGGUUUAUUUUCAUGUAGAAUAAAGUGAUUGAAGGGCUUAGGGCAACAAUGCAGCACAAAACUGAAAUGAAAAAAAAUGUCCAUCAUGAUAAAAUGAGGCAAAAGUAGAUAGGUUCUAUAUUGGACUUUAAUAUUCUUAAGAUUUUGAUAUGGUAAAGUGAGGCUUGCAAUGAAUUUCCUUUGCAUCAAUAAAACUAACACAGAGGCUGAGUUUAUUACUUAAAAAUCUAAAGGCUAGUCUGAAGAAAAUUUAAUAUGGGCAUUAAAAAAGUGAGCCGUGAUAAAAAACUAAACAAAUAAGAAGGUCUGAACCGAGAAUUUUCUACUGCCUAGAACAAUAACAUGUUUUUAAAAAGUAUUUUCAUUAUCUUCCCUGUUAAUAAAUUCUCACAUGAUCAUCAAAACUAGGAAAGCAUUUCAAAUACCAAAAUGUGACAACUUUUUGGUAAGAUGGAUGCUGAUGGAUGAAGCUGGGCUUUGUUCUGAACAUUGCAUUUUUUCAGGAUGUCCAGCACCUACCAAAUGAAGUAAAUUAAAAAGCUUUAUGCUUUCACAACAGAUACUGGGUUAUUGAGCUGCAUAUGUAUACUGUAUGUGGUUAGUGGGCAGGAAUUAAGUCAGUAUUAUAUUAGAGAAAGAAAUCAGAAAAUGUUUUCUAUUUGCAGGAAAAACAUAAAUAAGUUUACUAUGUUGCAUAAGGCAACCAUUACAAACCUCCUACAUUGUGCAUGUCGGGACCUUUUAUCUCACCAAUAUCUCAUACAUAAAAUCUGGAAUUGAUUGAUUGAUACUAUAUUAAAUAAUCUUUAAUAAUACAUUUAAAACUACUUUAAUUUGAUGAUACAUGUAAUAUAUUUUUACUAUCUUUUUAUUUGACAGAUCACUGUUAGAAAAAUACCAUGCACGGUCAAAGGGUGACAUGAAAAGCAUAUUGAUGAUCAUCAGGGAUUUGUAAAAAUUCAUAUUUCACUCUUUAAUGGCCAGUAAAUAUAAGCCUGGAAAAUGCAGGAAGUCCUGCCUGCAAUUCAUUUUUCUUAUUAUGUUAUUUAUUGUAUAAAUAUGCAUGUUAAAGAGUAUUAACAAACUUAACAUUUUAUAAUGGUUAAUGUACCCAACAAAAGACUGAAUGAUCUUUGUUAUAGUUGUAUUACAAAUGGAGGUUAGUUCUCUCUUCCUGAAUUUUAAUAAGGUUACAUUUCAAAACUAUGCUUUCCUAUGAUAUUACAGGAAAAAAGAAAAUAAUGUAAAAUUAUCCUUGAUUGUUUUUUCCAGAAAAUCUAUAACCCACAGUUGACAAUAAUUAGAUAAACAUUAUUGUAAAAAUGGAUUGUGUUGUAAAAUUAUAUAGUGUGUCGAUAUGUUUGUUGUAAAUUUAUUACUGUCGUCUACAAUACACAUAAGGGUAGAUUUUAUGAACUGGAGCUUAGAAUUUUAUGCAAUGGGAAUACAUAUAAGAAAUUUGAGUAGUGCUGUAAAAUUAAUAGGGAACUCAAUGGGUUCUGCUGUCUCUGUGCCUACAUUUCAGGUACGCAACCUUGUCAUGCCAAGCUUUGUGCUGGGACUGUUAAUUUGUAACAUCUACCCUAUAAAAUCAAAAUGACAUUGAAAAAUGUACUGUGCUUAACACAACUGAUAGAUUUAUAAAGCUUUCCAUGUUACUUUGACCGAUUCAAACCUUAUUCCUUUACCUUUUGACAUUGAAGCACAGGGCAAAUUUUAUUGAUCAUGCUGUACUUUGAUAUUUGUUGGGGAAGUAACCUUCUUUAUGUUGAUCCUGGAGCAUCCAUUCUUAGCUGUCCAUAGAUAAAAUCAGCUGGCAGGCCUAAAAAUGCAGCUGUCUUGAGUGGCACUUAGUCUGUUCACAAUUUUUUCCUUCACAAUUGUUCCUUUCGAUUCAGCACAUAGCUAACAUAAAGCACAAUGAAUACUCAUAUGAGCACUCACCAGCCUUAUCGUAUCAUGGCUAUUAUACCAUCAGUUUUUAUUAGCAUCAGACUUGGUUCUGCUGUUCGGAGAUAAUGAAAUUUUCCCCCGUGUUUCCUCAGCAACAAUCACAGAUUAUUUUGAAAAUUGCAGCUGAAAAAAAUCAUAUUAAAGUUUACUAUAUUUGAAGCAUUUUGUCUUAAUUCAAUAAUUUUAAA